CCAAUUCGCUGAGGUUAUGCGCGCAGAGCUACCAGGUACUAGUAACUUUCAGUGAUACCGUCGACAAUGGGGCUGGUCAUGCUGUGGUUCGACUUGAUAACCGAUAGAUAAGGCGGCGUCCGAAAUUCUGGAGAUGGUGCGCGCAUUGAUGGAGCAGUUCGGGCUCACACUCAGUACCAAGAACUUCCGGACGGACGUUAUCUUGAUGAACGGGCACAAGGUUUUCGUCUACGAGCAUAUCUAUGAGUCGAUCCGUCAGCUUUCCGAAAACAGGGCUGGGGGUGUUUGGCUGCCGGACGAGCUCAGUCGCUUCCUCCGAAAGGCCAAGCAGUACCAUGACCGGUUUACUGACAACCAAGAGAAGUAUUUCAAGCGAAUCCAAGUGUGGGGCAAAUCGAUUGCGGAAACAAAGAGCAAGUUUUAUGCGCUUCGAGAAUUAUUUAUCAAGGAGAAACACCGCAUACGCCCUAAGCGCUUCGAGCUCUUGAAAGAUAUUUUUGCUGAUGUGCCCGCCGCCAGUCGAGCAGAAACAGUAACCGUAUUGCCCAGUAAGGCGCCCAAGUUAUGGUCAUCUGCAGAUAUGGAGACCCUCGUCGAUUUCGUCGUUCAAAUCACCACUCAGAUUCAAAAGACCGGAAGCUCAGACCUCGUGGAUCGUGUUGCCGUAACGCUGCACCGAACAGAUGGAUCAUGCGUCAAUAAGCUCGCAGACAUGCGAGAAAAGUUCUUGAAGAAGUCGACGACGGUCCGCGCAGCGAGUACGAGUCCGGAUGAGCUGCGACUUGCCAUGCACGAUUUUUGA